ACGUCGAGAAGCAUUCGCUCCGGAGUAGAAAAGUUGUGACGCACUGCAAACAUGCUUUGGUUUCUAGUGUUGACAAGUCUUGCAGCCCUGGCGCUGGCUGACCGGAUGCCCGAGCCCAGGUACAUCGAGGACAGCUUGGAAAGAGUUGUUGGAGGCGAUGUGGCCAAACCCAACUCCUGGCCCUGGCAGAUCUCCCUUCAGUACAGAUCUGGCAGCAGCUACCACCACACAUGUGGAGGAACCCUUAUUGCCAAAGACUGGGUUAUGAUUGCUGCUCACUGUGUGGACAGCAAUAGGAUGUGGCGCGUGGUCAUCGGGGAACAUGACCUCUACAGCAACAGUGGAAGGGAGCAGGUCAUGACUGUCAAGACUGUUCACAUCCAUAAGCUGUGGGACUCCUCCAACGUGGCUAAUGGGUUCGACAUUGCCCUGAUGCAUCUGACCUCUGAGGCAACCCUUAACGCCUACGCCCAGCUGGGCUCUCUGCCUCCCAAGGGCCAGAUUCUGCCCCACAACAACCUCUGCUACAUCACCGGAUGGGGACGGACUUCCACUGGUGGCAGCAUUUCCUCUCAGCUGAAGCAGGCCUACCUUCCGAUGGUCGGCCACAAGACCUGCGCCAGCUCUAGCUGGUGGGGCAGCACCGUUUCCGACACCAUGGUGUGUGGUGGUGGUGGAGCCGAGAGCGGAUGCAACGGUGACUCUGGCGGCCCUCUGAACUGCCUUGUUGAUGGAAAAUACUCUGUCCAUGGUAUUGCCAGCUUUGUGUCUGGUUAUGGAUGCAACACGCCCAGGAAGCCCACCGUCUUCACCCGUGUCUCCGCCUACAUCGACUGGAUGAACAUGAUCAUGAACUAAACGGACGAGUCAUCUGUGUUGCAGCACACAAAGCCAGAGCGUGCAUUUGGCCAUGUUUUCAUCGACUGUGCUUCCUCUUUUGU